AUGACCAGACAAAUGUAUCUACUUCUCCAAAUUGACGGCCGUGCUGAAGUGUACGACCAUAUCCCUAAGCCAUGCAGGAAGAAGUUCGCACAUGAUCUGAACGCCUUGCUGACGGCUGUUUGUAAUGACCCUGGUGACCCGGUUCACUGGGUUAGACUCCACUGUUUUGUCCCAUACGUCUUACAGAAGACUUCCAGAGGGGGUCGCCGGGGAAACCUGUCCUCGGCUGUCAGACUUGUCUGUUCGCCGGAGGGCCUGGCGGAGAGCUCGCCGGCCACCUUCGAUAAAUUAUGUUCCAUCCACCCAAAAAUUUCGGUGGACAGGCGGGUCUUUCCCGCAUUGACAUUAACGGCUGGUUGCGUUUCUCCCGCCGAGAUGCUGAGGGCCGUUAAAUCGUUCAAAAACGGUUCUUCUGGAGGCCUGGAUGGCCUACGACUCCAGCACCUUAAGGAUGUUUUUUCAGGCUCCUUGCCAAUCGACGACACACUGAACUCCUUAACCCAAUUCAUUAAUUUGAUCUUAUCUGGAGCUUGCCCACUCUCCCUCUCUGAGCUUAAAUUCGCCCUGGGUCGUGUUUCCUGUCUUUUGGCCCAUGAUGCCUUGACUAUUAUCCGCAAUGCCUUCAGUUUGCCCAAAUUGAUGUACUUCCUGCGUACAUCUAAAUACAUUGACCCUUCUAAAUUGGGCGAAUUUGACGGAGCCCUGCGCACCGCCCUGUCGUCGAUUUGCAAUGUUCAAUGUCAAAAUAGUUUUCACGUAAAAUGUGUUGGUUUGAAUGGUUUGAGUGAUGAAGCUUUUGAAGUGACACGUGGUUUCGAUAGUUUUAAAUGGUUUUGUGAUAUUUGUCUGAAAAAGUUAUGCAACGUUAAAACUCUCUCUAAUAUAGUCAGUGACAACAAUGAUGAAAUAAACUUAAAAGUCGAAAAAAUUAUUGAAAGGAACGGUUUUCUAAAAAAUGAACUUAAAUUGUUAAAAGAGAUGUUGAACAGUAACAGUGCAAAAUUAGAUAGCCCUGAUAGGCCUGUUAGCAAGUUAUCUGCCGAGAUCAGCACAUUCAAAAGUGAUUUGAAAUCUUCUUUUGCUACUGUUGUUGGCCAAGAAGUGAAGAAAAACAUUGAGUGUGUCAAUCUGGAUGUUAAAACGGUUAAAAGAAAAUUAACUGAGCAAUCGAUAUAA